UGACAGCAGGCGUAAAGAGCAAGUUGAAGUCAACCAGUCAACCCUUCAACCCUUCAACCCUUCAACCCUUCAACCCUUCAACCCUUCCACCCUUUUGGUGUGGCAGCCCGGUCGUCAGUUCAGCUUCAGAAACUCAGCACAUCGUCAUUGUUCUAGCGCCCUUUUGGUCCUUUGAGCACCUGCGAAUCAACCCUGCGCGCUGCUUACACAUUCUGCUCUACUGCCCUACUGCCCUACUCUCCUACCCUACCCUCCUACCCUCCUACCCUCCUAUUCCUACCCUACCUCUCUCUUCACUACCUCCCACAUCCCACCUCCCCUCUUACCCAACGACACCUGGUCCUCGAGCUUAUCAUCUUUCCAUCUCAGACUAACCUUAACCGACCAUAUCCAGACUCCAGAAGGAGCUCCCAAAAAAAUGUAUGUACGGAGUAUAUACUUUCCCACUUCCCUUGUCACGCUUCGCCUCCCCCUCCCACUCCCCUCCCCCCUCCUACCUUGAGCCUGCCGCGGAAUGUGGUAUCCACCUCGCUCCUUCCAUCAACCCAGCCCCUCCUUCUCUCCAAAAUGAGAUUUCUCGACGUUUGGACACUGCCACCUACAGAACACCCGACUAACAAUUCUCAAGGAGUCUCUCUCAGUCAAUAAAGAAUCUGAUUAGCAAACACGGUAUGUACCACCUCUGUUCCACUGCCAUCAUUAUAUCAUAUCAGGAAGAAUAGCCCCGCCAAUGAUAUUCCUGGUACCACCGAUCUCAACUAUUGUACGCCCCGCUGAUGAGUCCCUCUCCAGGCAAACAUAAUCGACAACAGGACGCCGAACCAACAACACAUGUUUCUCCCGUAAACGUUCAUCAAGGCCGGGCACCGGCACAAAACCACUACGCAAAUACCGACCCAAAUAUGGCAUAUCAGGCACCCGCCCCCCACGGAGACGCCUUUUCCAUGGCCGAUGGAGAUGGAAGACAUCGUGGUGCACAAGCCGCAAACGUAGCUGCGAAUGCCGCCGGACAGAAGCAGAAAGCCGAUAAGAAGGUCAACACGGAAGACCUGCGACGAAUGGUCGAAGAAGAAAAUGCCACCAAAGGAAAACUUCCACGAUACCCGGGUCUGGAACGAUGGGAAUUGAUCGAGAAGAUGGGUGAUGGGGCUUUCAGUAAUGUCUACAGAGCUCGGGAUUUGGAUGGCAAGGCGGGAGAAGUAGCGAUCAAGGUGGUCAGAAAGUUCGAAAUGAAUUCGAAUCAGGUAUGCAUAUCGGCAACAGCCCUGCAUUUCCUUUUGUUUAUGGUUUUUGAACAUUUGCCAACAUUGUCUGCGUGUAGGGAGAUGCGGCCCUUCAUCCGGAUUUCAAGAAGCAGCCCAAAGUCGUGGAGGUGCGCAAAAACAUUUUUUUCUUCUUAUACUGACCUCGAGUCACGAGUUUUAUCCAUUCUGGUCGAUUCUUCGGUGCUAACAUAUUUGAAAAUAGAGGGCGAACAUCCUGAAAGAAGUUCAGAUUAUGCGAAAUUUAGAUCAUCCUAAUAUUGUCAAGCUCGUCGACUUUUCCGAAUCGAAGCAGUACUACUAUAUUAUUCUGGAGCUAGCACCAGGUGGAGAACUAUUUCACCAAAUUGUGCGCCUCACGUAUUUCAGCGAGGACCUCUCCAGACAUGUCAUUACGCAAGUAGCCGAAGCAUUACGAUAUUUGCAUGAGGAUCAAGGCGUCGUUCACAGGUACGUAUUCCAAACUUGAAACUUGAACCAAUUCUGACGUCAUCGUAGAGAUAUUAAGCCUGAGAACAUACUGUUUUCGCCCAUCCCAAUUGUACCAACAAAGAACCCGAAACCAAAAUCCCAAGACGAUGAGGACAAGGUAGAUGAGGGUGAAUUCAUCAAGGGUGUCGGUGCUGGUGGGAUCGGUAAAAUCAAGAUUGCCGAUUUUGGAUUGAGUAAAAUUGUUUGGGACAAAUCCACGAUGACGCCAUGCGGGACAGUCGGUUACACAGCACCAGAAAUUGUAAAGGACGAGCGUUAUUCAAAGAGUGUCGACAUGUGGGCUAUGGGUUGCGUAUUAUACACGUUACUUUGCGGAUUUCCUCCAUUUUACGAUGAAAGCAUUCAAGUACUUACGGAAAAGGUUGCUAGAGGUCAAUAUACCUUUUUGUCACCAUGGUGGGAUGAUAUUUCCAAACCAGCUCAAGAUCUUGUCUCGCAUCUCCUCACUGUCGACCCUGUCAAGCGAUAUGACAUCAACCAAUUUCUAGCGCAUCCUUGGAUUCGAGGCACAGAGGAACCAACGUAUGCAGCACACGACGCACCACCUCUUGCCACACCCGCGGUCGAACGUGAGAGGCAAUUGGGUGGCAAUCCAGCAAGAGCUUUUGAUGCAGCUCUGCUUGAGUCUCCUGGUGCAGGCAAACGCAUGGAUUUCCGAAGUCCUGGCGCCGUUAACUUACGAGAAGUUUUCGAUGUUGGUUACGCUGUUCACAGGCAAGAAGAGGAAGCAAAGCGUCGAAAGAAUUUCAAACAAGGUUAUCGCGGUGCAGCAGCCAUGAACGGACUAAACCCGAUCGAUGACGAUGAUUUUGACGAGGAAGAGGAGAAUGAAGUGGAUGAUGCCAUUCCUUCCAAAUUACCCAAGGCCAAAGAUGCGGAUGUUCAUCAAGUCGCUCAAAGUCUGAAGAACACGAACCUUAACUCAGCGAAGCCAGCACAAAAGGGCUAUGGUCAACACAGUGCAGCAGUCGCAGCGGCAGCGAAGCAGCAGGUCAGAAACAGAAAGGGUGCUUUUGAAUUGAACCUCGAUGGGGCUACUUUGUUAGGUAGAAGAGGCAACAAGGGACCGAGUGGGUUGAGAACGAGUGCAGUUCCUGAG